AUGAACAUCACCCCACUUCAGCCUACAGAAUGCAAAUUGCUGCUGCUCUUGCCUCAAGGCGCUGUGUGGCGCUAUCUUUGUUCUAUGGCAGGAGAUUACGUGGUCAUGACUGUCUACUUUGACCUGAGCAGAAGAAUGGGCUACUUCACCAUCCAGACCUACAUCCCCUGCACACUCAUCGUCGUCCUCUCCUGGGUGUCUUUCUGGAUCAAUAAGGAUGCUGUUCCAGCCAGGACUUCUUUAGGUAUCACCACUGUCCUGACAAUGACUACCCUCAGCACUAUUGCCCGGAAGUCCCUCCCCAAGGUCUCCUAUGUCACAGCAAUGGAUCUUUUUGUAUCUGUCUGCUUCAUCUUUGUCUUCUCUGCUUUGGUGGAGUAUGGCACUCUGCAUUAUUUUGUCAGCAACCGGAAACCAAGCAAGGACAAAGACAAAAAGAAGAAAAACCCUCUUCUUCGGAUGUUUUCCUUCAAGGCCCCUACCAUUGAUAUCCGACCAAGAUCAGCAACCAUUCAAAUGAACAAUGCCACACACCUUCAAGAGAGAGAUGAAGAAUAUGGAUAUGAAUGUCUCGACGGCAAGGACUGUGCCAGUUUUUUCUGCUGUUUUGAAGAUUGCCGAACGGGAGCUUGGAGACACGGGAGGAUACAUAUUCGUAUUGCCAAAAUGGACUCCUAUGCGCGGAUCUUCUUCCCCACUGCCUUCUGCUUGUUCAAUCUGGUUUAUUGGGUCUCCUACCUUUAUCUGUGAAAAGAUAUGGCUUUUAUUGAUAUGGGUCUUAUUCACUAAACCUCAUGGAGAGAAGAUGUUCUUUCUAAGUCCACUUAAAAAAUCUCCUGUGUGUUUAUAAUGAUCUGAAUUUGUUUCUAUGUUCUAACCUGGUAAAUUGUAUUAUUGUCAUAUUGUUUGCGCCCAACUCUCCUUUGAUAAGUGUAAUUUGAAUUAUAAUGUUUGCUGUGUUUCAAACCUGCAAGGCAAAGUGAAUUAGAGCAAGAACAUUGAAACUAAACAAGAUAUUUUCCAGCUGCAGCAAUUGAAAUAGUGAAAGUCAUGGCUAUUUACAGUGGUGGUGUGCUUACUCAAUUCAAAAUGCAAUUAGAUGCAAAAGGUCCAAAACUGUACCCUAUGUUCACCUGGGGUCAAGUUGUGGUAUAUUUCAUCCCAAUAGAAUGUGUCCCUCAUUUGAGAAAAAUCACAACUCACUUCAAAUAUAAGAGCCUAGACUAGAAAUCUAUUACGCCUCUAUCACAAGAUAGGAAGAAAAUUUCCUCUAUAUCACAUGUACAAUGAUGUAAAUAUUUCAGUAACGUAGAAUGCUUCAAGUUUAAUGCAUGCAUCUCCUUAGAGCCAAAAUAAAUGGAUUGAAGUUAACAUCAUAAAGUAUUGUCUUUUAUUCUGUGUCUUUGGGCUGUAAAAGAAUCAUGAAUGUCAUUAUAAGGGUUUGGGUUUGGAAUUGGAGGGACAAAAUUUCACUACCUUCUCCUUCAUGCAUGAAGAUUCAAAAAGCUUAUUAUUUUCCUUGUAUGGCAUAUUAAAACACUUUAAGUAAAACAUAGACUAGAUAAUCAACAUUUGCCACCUCUAAAGAUGCCCAGUUUCAUAGAGUAUAAAGUAAUCAUACUUGCUUGUCGCUAUUUUUUCUUCCUUUUAGGAUGAUAGGUCAUAGCAGAACUUAUUCUCCAUCUCAAAAUCUGCUUCUAGUGAUUGUGAGUGCCUUGUGGGCAGAAUCCUUGUCAUUUCCUCUUUGGGUCCUCAGCACCUUGCAUAGUGACUGGCACAUGGUGCUCAAAAUAUAGUGUGAAGUGAAUUGGCUUCAUAUGCUUCUGGUGAAUCUCUCCGUGCUGGCCUGGAACCAGUGAUUGAUCUUUUCACGUAGGCAUUGUCAAAUGAUAUUUGAUCUUGUAGAAAUAAACAGAAGGAUCCAAAGAAUAUUGGCUAUUUGUAUUCAUUAUCAAAAAUUUAUUAUAGCCAAUGUCCACACUCUUUUUAAAACAACAAUUAUGUCCUAUAUUUGUGUACAAAACUGAGUCUCCUAGGGCAUAAUUAGAGUUUGUGUAUUAUUUUUCCAGGUUUCAGGAUGAGUCAGCCUUGACUCAUCCACAAUUCCUCUUGAGGACAUAUGACAGGCAUAAGCCGGAUUCAUACCUGAAUAGCAUUCAGAAUGUAGUAUUCUAUGCCCUAUGGGGAAAAAAAUGUACUGAUGAUUAAAUUUUAAAAAAUGAAAGAACAAAUGAAUGACUUACAUUCAGUUUGAGCCUAGGAUUGUGGCCUCAUUCAACUAUACUGUAAUCACAUGGAAGUGGUUGUCUCAGACUUCAAACGAGGUGAAUUGAGCUCCAUUUACAUGUACUUAUCCCGAAUCCUUAUUUUUCUAAAAUAGUACCCUUUGUCAGUUCUUCUUGUGAUAAUCAUUACUCUAAGUCAGAAUUCAAUCAUAGCUAAUAAAAUUUUAUAGAUAAUCUAACAAGGGUAGAAAAGGAGAGCAGCUUCGUUAAACCAUGUAAAGUCAUCAUCAACUCAUCUGGAUGAAUCUUGAAACACAUUUAGCUGCCAAUUUUACAAACCUUUAAUACAUCAGUGCUCUAGUAUAUAACUUCAAACACAUGUAAAUAGAAUUAUUUAUUUUCUUGUUUUGAAUUGUUAACAUUAAAUGUUAACUCUUUGGGAGAGUUGUUGGCAAAUUUUCAACAGUGAGAAACAUGUUCUUAUUGUCAACUUGCAAUGUAUUCCAUGACAGGGACACUAAAAAAAGCUAGCUUUCCAAUGUGUGCAUAGUAUUGGCAAUAUGAAUAUAUACUACAUAUAAUCUGAUUCUUAACUAUCAGCUGCUCCCUGUCUAUGUAUCUGAAAACCUUUUCACAAAGGGAAUUGCCUAAUAUGUGGACUUUUACAAUAAAAAUGCUGCAUUCUAAUCCA